CUGUGUAAAUGCAAACCAUCAGACUUGUAGAGGGUGGAGAAAAGACGUCUUAAGAAGACUAGUCAGUGACAGAAAGAGUGACAGGAAUAUGUAGGCUACACCUCCAAAUAGCUGACCGGACCUGCUCGUUCCUGCUGUUAAGGAAAGUAAGCUACUCUUCAAGGAAACUUCAUCUAUCAGCCGGCGAAAUGAAGAAGGACGCCGCCGCUUUUCCUCGGCUUGCUGGUACGCUGCAAAGACAUGUUUAUGCCAUCCUUACUUUACCAAUCUUUUUCACAGCCUUUACAUUUUUCGUGGACGUGUUCACGUUACAUAUUACGCCCUGCAGUGUGGAAAUAGCGACCAAGACUUUGAACCGCACAGUGGGCAGUAAUGUUUCCAUAUUUGAAAGUUGGACGGACAAUCACAGCGACCCCACCAGUAGUCAAACGUGUCACAAGGCGAAUCAUUUUUCUCAUGGACAAGCCACAUACAUGACGGGUUUACUUGUUGGCUCCUUAUUCGGUGGAGCUUUAUCUGACAAGUAUGGAAAGAAAAUUCUUCUCAUCUGCUGCACAACGAUCCACGCAGUCGCUACAAUUAUCGUGGCAUUUCUGCCAUAUGUGCCCGUGUAUCUGACUGCACGCGCCAUCAGUGGUGUAGCCUGCUGUGCCAUUCACAUCUGCACCUACAGCUUAGGGGUUGAAUGGAGCUUGCCCAAAUAUCGAAUCUGGCCACCCACACUGUUUUCCUUCAUCUUCAGUCUGGGAAUGAUGGGAUUGGCUGCCGUAGCUUUCUUGUCUAGCACUUGGAUGCAGUUUCAUUUGGCGCUGGGCAUUCCUCAGAUCCUCUUUCUACCUCUUUAUUUCUUUCUUCCAGAAUCCCCGAGAUGGCUGCUUCUAAACAAGAGGAUGAAAACGCUCGAGAGCUAUCAGAAUAGAAGUUCUGAAGACGAGCGUUACUUGGAUCUUCUUUUGGACUCUGUGGACAAUGAGGCACAGAAGUCACUUUCAGCGAAAUCCUCCACUAAAACACAGUCUAAUUUCACUAACCUAAUGUCACCUAUUAUACUGCUACGCCUGUUUAUCAUGAGCUAUAUUGGUUUUGCGUCUGCUCUCACAUACUAUGGGAUCUGCUUCAGUAUUGGAAGUUUUGGAGUAAAUAUCUAUUUGGCACAGUUUUUCUCUGGACUAUCAGAGGCUCCGUCUUUGCUGCUUCCAUUUCUGUUAAAGCGAUGGGGCCGCAGGCCGUUCACUAUGGGCUCCCUGUUCCUCAGUGGCAUUUCCUGUAUGCUGUCCCUCCUCGUGUCUAAAUUCUGCGACAUGCCUGCCCUUGUUAUGACUCUGGCACUGAUGGGCAAGCUGUGUAUGCAGUCUACCUAUUGUGUGUCUACACUCUAUGGGAUUGAGUUGUUCCCAACUGUAAUAAGGCAGAAGUGUGUCGGCGUGGUUAGUCUUUGUUAUCGAGUGGCCUGUAUUAUAAAUGCAGUGAUGAGCCCUGAGGGUGGGAUUCCUCUGCCAGCUAUGAUCUCUUACAGUGGAGGGCCGAUCAUUGGCGCAGCUCUGUGCCUGUUACUGCCGGAGACAAGUGGCAUCCCUUUACCAGACACAGUACAUGACUGUGAGAAACAGCCCAGACUCAAGCUCUCAUGCUGUGCAUGUGGGUCCAUAAAGCCUACACAGAGGUCUACACAGAACACAGAAGCAACUUUUAUCAAGGAGGACAUGAAGCAAAUGGAAUGCAGUCCCCUCUCAGCAUAAUCAACAAGAGGAAGCAGCAAAAACUGAUUCGUUCAUGAUUUUGUUUAUGUUUUUACAUUUCUUUUAGUAUCAUUUUUAUGAUAAAACAAAAAGGUAUACAUUUAGAAAGUCAAUAUUUUAAAAAGGAUAUUUUUACUAGAGUUUUUAGAUAUUGUAUAUUAAUAAGACUCUAUACUGGAAUCAUUCAUUGCUGCUAUUGAUAAAUUCACAACAUGCCUAGAGAGAAGCUCCUGAGCUCAGAAACACGCACACAUUUUAUACAUUUUCUGUUUUAAUGUAUAACUUGAAUUUUGUAAGCUUUCAAAAGUAAAAUUUUUACCUUUUUAAAAACA